AUGGGUGUCGGUCGCCGUAUGAAGAAGCAGGGGCCCCCGGCCCCACUCGACGAGUCAAAAGUCACCAUGCUCAAGAAACGCAAGGCUGGCGAGCCAGCUGCGGCUCCUGCGAAGCCUGCACCAUCGAAGCGUCGCAGGUCUGACGCCGACGAGGCUGUGUCGAAGAAGGAAGCACCCAAGAAGAAGAAGGUCAAUGUUGCCGCUGAUAAGUCCGAGCCAAAGAAGCAGCAAUCCAUCACGAAGAAGGCGGCGCCUGUGCCGGUACCUAUGUCUGAUGAUGAUGAAGAUAUGGAGGAUGACGAUGAAAUUGAUGACCUCGAUGGGAUCAGUGAAGGCUCAAUCGGGAGUGACGAUCAGAUUGAGGGACUGUCUGAUCUGGAGGAUGAUGAUUCGGUGGUCGACUCCGACGAAGACCGCCCAACUCGCGGCGCCAUGUUCUCUGACGACGAGGAUUCCGAUGCCGAAGAGAGAUUGACAGCCGCAAACAUCGAGGGCUUGUCUCGCAAAUUGGAUGCUGAGCAACAGGAGGAGGAGGAAGCCGCCGAGCAGGAAUUGCAGGAAGCCGCUUUGCAGACCAACAUCGCUGCACCCGACGUGUUCGCCGACCAAAAUCAGCAGGGACUCGCUCCUGAUCUGCAGUUACUGCGCCAGCGCAUCACGGACACGAUUCGAAUUCUGGGUGACCUGAAGACUCUUGGUUUGCCUGGAAAGUCGCGCACCGACUAUAUCGACCUCCUGCUUGACGAUAUCUGCACCUACUACGGUUACACUCGAUUCCUGGCCGAGAAACUGUUCAACCUCUUCACUCCCAUGGAGGCCUUUGCCUUCUUCGAAGCUAACGAGACUCCUCGCCCUGUCGUCAUCCGUACGAAUACUCUGCGAACCAACCGCCGAUCCCUUGCUCAGGCUCUCAUCAACCGUGGUGUCGUUCUCGAGCCCGUUGGCAAAUGGUCCAAGGUUGGCCUGCAGGUUUUCGAGUCUCCUGUCCCCCUCGGUGCUACCCCUGAGUAUCUUGCCGGUCACUACAUUCUCCAGGCCGCUUCUUCUUUCCUUCCCGUUAUGGCUCUCGCUCCCCAGCCCAACGAGCGUGUCCUCGAUAUGGCCUCUGCCCCCGGUGGUAAGACGACGUACAUGUCCGCUCUCAUGCGCAACACUGGAUGUGUCGUUGCAAACGAUGCCAGCAAGCCCCGUGCCAAGGGUUUGAUUGGUAACAUCCAUCGCCUCGGCUGCAAGAACACCAUUGUCACUAACAUGGAUGCCCGCACCGCUUUCCCCAAGGCGAUGGGUGGCUUCGAUCGUGUUCUGCUUGAUGCUCCCUGCACUGGAACGGGUGUCAUCUCCAAGGAUCCCGGUGUGAAGACCUCCAAGAACGAGCGCGACUUCCUCGCCAUUCCUCACAUGCAGCGUCAACUUCUUUUGGCUGCGAUUGACUCCGUUGACCACGCCUCCAAGACUGGCGGAUACGUUGUCUACUCUACUUGCAGUGUGACGGUUGAAGAGAACGAGGCCGUUGUUCAGUAUGUGCUUCGCAAGCGCCCCAAUGUCAAGAUUGUGGACACCGGUCUUGGUGGCUUUGGCAGCCCUGGAUUCCUCAGCUACAUGGGUAAGACUUUCGAUGCCAAGAUGGCGCUCACCCGCCGUUACUUCCCUCAUCGUGAGAACGUCGACGGUUUCUUCGUCUGCAAGCUCAAGAAAACCGCCGUGACCCCUGUGGCCAAGUCCGGGGAUGCCGAACCCCGUGCCAAGGGCCCCAAGAAAGCUCGCAGCAUCUCCUCGGCCGCCUCCACGGACGAUGAUGAGAUUGAUCGCACUCCUAUUGUUGAUGAGAAUGGCCACGCCGCUGAUUUCGAGGGUGGUGCCUUCAGUGCUUUCGAGGAUCCUGAGGACGCCGAGCGCAUUGCUCGCGCUGAGCGUAAUCGUCUGCGUCGCAAGGGUCUCAACCCCAAGGGUGUUCUGAACAAGCCUAAGAAGAGCAAGGCAGAGGUGUCAGAGAAGACAAGCGAAUCAGUGGCACCCAGCCAGGAAGAAGAGACCAAGACCAUUGCCUCAAAAAAGUCCACUAAUGAGCCCAAGGGGGAGAAGAAGACAGUCCCCAAGGAGGAUAAGAAGCUUGUCAGCAGAGUCAAGGAAGACAAGAAGCCGGUGACUGAGGACAAGGAAGAGAAGAAGGUUGCUGUCAAGGGCAAGGGGGAAAAGAAAGAUAAGAAGGCCAAGAAGGCCAGCAAAUGA